CUAGGCUAGUGGUGUGAACUUUUACAACUACACAAGUUCUUGAUAUAAUGUCGCAACCUAGGACAAAAUCCGCCCAGCGUCUUCCCCGUCCAGCCCUCUUCCAAGGACCUCCUUCGCGCAACGCGUCUAACUUGUCGCUACCUCCAGGACUCCUCAACCUCCCUCAGGAACCUGGAAGUGCAUCAUCUUCCCUAAAAGGGUCGCAAGCUUCCGUGAGGCAUGGCUCCUCUAAAGGGUUCCUCGGUGCUAGCACGGAGCUAGGCUCGCCCUUCCUCCGCCCUUUUCAAUCUCGGGCCCAAGCGCAAUCAGAUGAUGGAGAUGCCGUGUGGGAAGAGAUGCAGAGUACCCUUGCAGAAGUUGAGCUGAGUGCUGCUAGUGGAGAUCAUGCCUUUGGUGCGGAACAUGCAAUGGCCCUCGAAGAACUCCGUGUUAAGCAGCUGGCGCUGGCGCAGGCAUGGGCGAGAAGUGAGACGGACGAGAUUGCCGAUAGUUCUGCUAGUGAGUCUGGUCUAGGUGGCCAAAAGGGAGCGGAGUCUAUACGGCGCGCAUCAACGGCAACCGAUGACCAUGCACCCGAUAAAGUGCUGGAUGCGAAGACAGAAAAAGACAUCUUACUUGCAAGAAAGAGGAGAGAAGCCAACGACCGGUAUUUUGAACGGGUUAAUAGCAGCGUUCUAGAUGUCGUAGCGAAACUUGAUGAAGUUGCCAAUGCCAUGCGAGCCGUGGAGCGGGAGAGUAAAGAAAUUUGGAGCGAGAGCGAAAGCAUGGACUCUGCCGCAUCAAAUGGCUGAGGAAAUUUAUGCGAAGGAGCCUUAAUUUUUCAUUGAAUUAGGUUCGCUGAGGUACCGAGUUGUCGCUGGUAUGGUCCUUUAACUAUACCAGAAUUCAAGCUUCUGUCCUAUGGCUGUUGUAGGGCAUGUUGUUGGUGCUUCUGUUCUCUACUGAAUAGCCUGCCGGCGCGGAUCAUAGGGAGCGCGGUUGCAUGCCGUGGGCUGAGUUCAGGGCCUCCCAUCAAUGUCAAGCCGCCAGGGUUAAGGUCAGACCAACGGCUGAAUUGAUACUAGGACAUUGGAAGUCAUACAUUUAACAUUGUCAUAAAUCCAUGCAGUCAAACAUUGUGAUACAA